AUUUGUUCCUGUUUUUACUUUUGGUAUCACUUCUAGGUGCAGUAGACAACAUGUGAAAGAUAUCUGCCGUGACUCGCCUGCCAUCUUGAUCUGGAGCAAUGGUCAAACUUACUCUACCAUAAUAACCCCAAACCUGUACAGACUAUUGUCAUCUUUCCUAGCUUCAGUUAUGGACAUAUGCAAGGAGCAGAGAAGCUGUGUUUCCGUUUCUCGUGAAUCCACAGAUGUUAUCUCUCCUCCCAGUCCUAAUCCUCCUACCUCACCUCCUUUGAUUCCCUCAUCCCCGUGCCAGCCCCCUCCCUUGGGUGGAUUGGGAUCAUUAUCACACCCGACCAACAAUACAGUGUGGAAUGUUGCAUCGGCCGAUGCAAGAAAACCCUCAGCAACGGCAGGGAAGGAUGAGAUUUCAAGAGGGAUGCAAAAGUUGCUGUCAUGGAGAAUGUGCAAUGAAAGAGACGACAAUGUAUGGAUAGCAAGCAACCGUCACACAGCUCCUGUCCUUCAACAAGGCCCAGAGUGUGGUAUAGUCGCCCUCUGCAUGGCUGUCAACAUGUUGGGGCCAGUCUCUGCAGAUAAGAGACACAUCAUGAACACUGCCCAAGAGAAAGGAUACACUAUUCAAGGGGAAAUGUUCUCAGCCACAAACUUACUGGACUUGGUGUCCUGUAGCUGUGGAGUCAAUGGCAGAGUUUUGGUAGGAAACAUGACGGAUAACCGAGAUGACAUCAUCCUCCACCUUGCCAAUGGUUGGCCAGUCCUGGUGCCUUAUGACAAGGAUGCCAACUGUGAGCCAUGCAGCUUAAGGGGACAUAGAGCCCACUGGGCUGUCAUUUCAGGUUUUUUGCUGCAAUGCAGCAGAGCUGACUUUCCAGAUCUGAACUCGAAAGAGAUUCAUCAGGAUCCAGCUGCAUCCAACCUGUACUGCAUCAGCGUUGAUAACCACGAUGGGCUGUCCGAGCACACCAUCCAAACAGUUCAGGCUGUCCUACAAAGCCUUCCUGCCUCCGAUGUCUACCUCCUGGCCAGGCAGGGUAAGAGCACCCAUAUCCACCCCUGGAGGUACACUGCACUGUCUGACAGCAAUUCUAACCUUCUAGAACUCGGUAGCAGCAUCCAGGCAGACAUUGGCAAGUUUAUGAUUCCAGAGGGUGGUAUACAGGCAGGGUUGUGCAGUCAAGUGGUCUUGAUAAGGCCUUGAUUUGGGGAAAACCCUCUUGGGAGGAAAAUGUUGAGUUGUGCAGGAAACAUUGCUGCUGUGUCCAUCAUGUCCAUGGGCAAGGCACUUAACCUGAACCAUUUCUCUUGCCAGGACUUUUUUGCUCUCAUGGAACUCAAGUAUGACAGAAAAUAUCCUAACAAACGCUGAAAAAUGGGGUUUUAUAUUUACAUCGCUGAGUUAGUUAUUUAAAGAUUGAAAUAAAUUAUUAUUAACUAUUUUCUCGUGAAUCUUAUGAGUAGUGCCGUGUAGAAUUUGAGCAUUUUUGGGCAUUCAAAUUCUGAAGAAUGAAAUACUCCUACCUUUUUAUAUGAACCACCUGGAUUAUGUGAGAAAAGUUUUUACAAGUUCAUAGGCGGAUUGUUAAAAUUACAUGUUUUGACUUAAUAUACUUCCAGUGCUGUUAUUGAGCCAAUUCCGUUUAUAUUGCAGAAGUUUUAUUACAUAAUUUUGGAAAAUCACUUGUUUUACAGUUUGAAGUUCAAAAUUGAAUCCAGGUGUAGAAAUGAAAAAGAAGUAGUUGUGCAAAGGUUUUUCCAGAGAAUUAUUUUUUUAGUAGUUGUGUUCAUAUAUUUAUUUUUGGGGAGGGGCAGUUGACGGGAGGUGGACCUUAAAUUGUUGAAGAAUUGAAGUGCUUCACAAAUAAAAAAAAACAAUGAGACCACAUCCAAUUAU